AUGUACCGCUAUCAUUUCGUAACAAAGGAUCAUUCUUAUUAUGAUGAUACCUCUCUCCUCCUACACCAAAUAUUAACUCCUUGGGGCCUCCACCCUGGCUGUGACCGUUAUCCUCACGAUGAUACAUUUGAGUUGUAUUCUGUUUCCGGUUCGAGUUUUGAAAAUAAGGUCAAAUUAGAUUGGCCAAAUAUCAAAUUAAAGCCGGGAUAUUAUAGGGCUGGAGUCAAAUAUGAGCGUGGUUUUAGGCUUUUAGGUUCAGGUAGUGUCCAUGGAACUCUUUAUAUGGUUUGUGCACACAACGGGAAUUUUAUAUUAUGGAAUCCAUCUACUAAGGAAUCUAAACUUAUUCCUCCUAGCCCUUUUGAUUCUGAACCUAAUUGGCGUUUUUGUGUUAUUCAUCGUGGAUUUGGUUAUGACAGUGUUCGAGAUGACUAUAAAGUGAUAUGUUAUGGAAAAGUUUCAAGAAACUGUUAUGGAGUAUUUACCGAAGAAGCUAAUUGUGGCUCCUAUUUAUGGGAGAUAUAUAGUGUAAGAAGAAACUGUUGGAGAAAACUUGAUGUCGACAUGCAUAAUAAGCAUGAUAGUUGUAACCAUCAACAAUUGUACGUCGAUGGACUCUCACACUGGAUGUGUUUUGGUGAAACAUGUCAGGAAAGAUAUAUGUUGUCAUUUGACUGGAGCAACGAGAUUUUCCUUACAACACUCAUACCCCCCGCCCCCAUCUCCAACAUAAAUGGUCGUCUUGAAGAUUUUUGGGGGAUGAAACAGUUGUUCCUAUUAAACGGGUCUAUUGCUUUCAUAGUAAGUUAUAAAGAGACAGGUACAUUUCACAUUUCAAUUUUGGGAGAACUCGGUGUAAAGGAAUCAUGGACUAAGAUCUUUAUUGUAGGGCCCUUUCCUUGCCUUGAGUAUCCUAUCGGAGCUGGAAAGAAGGGCGAUAUGUUGUUCCGGAAGAAAGACGGCAAAUUCGCUUGGUUUGAUUUAAAUACCCAAACAAUAAUUGAGGAGUUUGGUGUUAUAACACAGAUGCUUGGAUGUCAGAUAACAAUUCAUAAGGAAAACCUUCUUCCUUUUGAAGGAAAAAGUAUUUAA